UGGCCAACGCCACCGUCGUCACCGUCCCGCGCGCGGUCUGCCUAACCGCGCAGCGCCACGUCUGGCGGCCGGCCCAGUCAAAACCAAACCCUCCGGGCACGGGGCGCAGGUCCCUUGUUGCGCUCGCGCCCGCCCGCCCGCAAAAGCCUCGCCUCGCCUUUUCUUGUCCUGAAGCCACCCAAGCCGCACGGAAAGGGUGCCUGCCUGCCCCUCGCUCGGCUCCCAGAACCCAUCCCAUCUCCGGCCGCCCACUUCUUGGCAGCUCGAUCCGAUCAUCGGAUCGGCCGUCCGGCGGGAACGAACCAACAAAGCUAGGUUCGGAUCGUGUCGAUCGUGUGUCCAUGGAGACGACGACGGCGGCCAGGCGGCGGCGGCGGCUGCUGCUGCUCCUGGUCCUGCUGGCGCUCGCGGCGCACCGUGCGGCGGCGCGGUUCGUGGUGGAGAAGAACAGCCUGCGGGUCACGUCCCCGGCCGCGCUCCGGGGCGUCUACGAGUGCGCCAUCGGCAACUUCGGCAUGCCGCAGUACGGCGGCACCAUGCACGGCGUCGUCGUCUACCCCAAGGUCGAUGCCAAGGCCUGCAGGCCCUUCGACGCCUCCGGCCUCUCCUUCAAGCCCAAGUCCGGCGGUCUGCCCGUCUUUCUACUCGUCGAUCGCGGAGACUGCUACUUCACAACCAAGGGAUGGAAUGCACAAAAUGCUGGAGCUGCAGCAGUUCUUGUUGCCGACGACAAAGUCGAGCCUUUGAUCACAAUGGAUUCUCCAGAAUCCAGUGGCACAGAGCACAUUGAGAACAUCACAAUUCCUUCGGCACUUGUGACCAAGAGAUUUGGAGACGACCUCAGGAAAGCACUGCAAAAUGGAGAAAUGGUGAAUGUUCUUCUGGACUGGAGGGAAUCUCUGCCCCAUCCUGAUGAGCGUGUGGAGUAUGAGUUCUGGACAAACAGCAAUGAUGAAUGCGGUGCUAAAUGUGACAUGCAAAUGAACUUCGUGAGGAGCUUCAGAGGAAUAGCUCAGGCCCUUGAGAAAAGGGGUUACACCCAGUUCACCCCUCACUAUAUCACAUGGUAUUGUCCAGAAGCUUUUAUCCUGAGCAAACAGUGCAAGUCACAAUGUAUCAAUCAUGGCAGAUAUUGCGCACCAGAUCCAGAGCAGGAUUUCAGCAUUGGAUAUGACGGCAAAGAUGUUGUGGUUCAGAACCUGAUUCAAAUUUGCGUGUUCAGAGUUGCCAAUGAAACUCGCAGGCCGUGGAUGUGGUGGGAUUAUGUGCACGACUUUGCUGUUAGGUGCCCAAUGAAGGAGAAGAAAUACACACGUGAAUGUGCACAUGGUGUUAUCAAUUCACUUGGAUUGGACAUUGAGAAAAUCAACAAGUGUGUUGGAGAUCCUGACGCCGAUAAAGAAAAUCCAGUCCUCAAAGCAGAACAGGAUGCUCAAAUUGGGCAUGGUUCUCGCGGCGAUGUAACUAUACUGCCAACUCUUGUCGUCAAUAACAGACAAUACAGAGGCAAACUGGAAAAAAGAUCUGUGCUGAAAGCAGUAUGCUCGGGAUUUGAGGAGACAACCGAACCUGAUGUCUGUUUGCGCGAAGAUAUUGAGACAAAUGAAUGUUUGGAGAACAAUGGAGGUUGCUGGUUAGACAAGGCUACCAAUGUUUCUGCGUGCAAGGAUACCUUCCGUGGUCGUGUUUGUGAAUGCCCUACUGUCAAUGGUGUAAAGUUUAUAGGUGAUGGGUACAGCCACUGUGAAGCUUCUGGUCUCGGUAGGUGCCAGAUCAACAAUGGGGGCUGCUGGAACGAGACUAGGAACGGGAAGACUGUCUCUGCCUGCUCAAAUCAAGAAGCUAAAGGCUGCAAAUGCCCAUCAGGUUUCAGGGGUGACGGAAUGAACAGUUGCGAAGAUGUCGAUGAAUGCAAAGAGAAGCUUUUCUGCCAGUGCAAGGAUUGCGCUUGUGAGAACACAUGGGGAAGCUACGAGUGCAGCUGCGGUGGCAGCAAUUCGCUAUACAUCAGAGAGCAUGAUACCUGUAUCAGCAAACAGUCUAGUUCGUCCCUGGGCUGGGGCUUCCUAUGGGUGAUUUUCAUCGGCCUUGCCUUGGCUGGAGCAGGAGCAUACGCCGUGUACAAAUACAGGCUACGGAGCUACAUGGAUUCAGAGAUCCGUGCGAUCAUGGCCCAGUACAUGCCCCUGGAGAGCCAAGAGAUGCCGAACCAACAUCGCUCUGUCGUCCCCGUCGACCACGCAGACAUCUGAAACGGCAUGGCUUACAUGGAUCGAGCAUAAAGAGUCAGUAUCAUUGCAUAUUUGCAUUGCAUCGGUGGCAGUCCUCUACGUCGACAGAGAAGUCGGCUGCCUCGAGAGAAUUGGAUGCUGAUACGAUUCUGAAGGACAGGAGUAUUGGACGGUAGACUGUUUCAUCACAGCACACCCUGUUUCUUGUUUUGUUUUGUUUUUUUUUUAUCUUUUUCCUCCCUGAAAGUCAGAGCAGAUUAGGGUCUCUCACCGCAGUUUAGAGCCGGUUGAGUUCUCUCUUUCUCUAGUCACUUUUAGAGCCUGCAGUCGUGCCGUGCGUCGCUGCGUAGUAACACAGUAAUUAAUCGUUGAGCGUUCUGUAAAUAUUGUUGUUGAGACUGAACACUGAAGUGCGUUGGUGUUGCUGCCCUGAAUAAAAGGAGCGCAGAAAGAGCAUGAGCCUGCUAA